AUGACGGCGGAGAACACUAUACGAAGUAGAGCGAAUCAGCUUGUUAGUGAACUUCCCGUUGCCUCGGAGCUUGCGCAAGAACGUCGGCGAUCAUCUCACGUCUCUAUCCGUCCAGAUGACGGUGAAAGGAGUGCGUUCGUGUCCAUGGCCAAUGCAGUUCUGGAUGGAUCCCAGUAUUCGGUAUAG